AUGGACGAGCCCUACACCGUCUCCGACGCCAUCCCCGCGUGCUUGAAGGGCCCGCCGUCAGAGUUCCUCUCCUCGAGACCGCACCUGCAGCGCCUCAUGGCGGCGGCAAUGGUGUUCCGCGCGCGGCAGGGCGGCGCCGCCGCGCAGACGCUCCUCCUGCGCCGGGCGCCGAGCGACUCGUACCCGCUGAGGUGGGAGGUUCCCGGGGGAUCGACGUCGGACCGCAAGGACGGCAGCGUGCUGGACGGGGUGCGGCGCGAGCUGCGCGAGGAGACGGGGCUGGCGGCCAGGAGGAUGCUGUACACCGUGGGGAUGCUGGAGGAGGCGCCGCCGAUGCCGACGCCGACGGACCUGGGGGCCGAGGAGGAGGAGGCGCGCAACGACGAGGGGGACGAGGCGAGGACGGUGUCGUUUUGGGAGUCUGACCAGAGGCACGGCAUGGUGAGGUGGGGCAAGGUGACGGUCGUGGUGGACGUGGACGAGGACUUGGGCGACGGGAGCGUCGUCCGGCUGGAUGAGAGGGAGCAUGACCGGUGGGCGUGGGCGACGAGGGCCGAGGUUGAGGCCGGGCGGUGGGCUGACGGCGAGGAGAUUGGGUUCGUGACCGAGGGGUCCUGGAGGAGUAUUUUGGAAGGGUUUAGGCUGUACGCCGAGAAGGCGGACAAGGAGAGGGAGAUGGAUGGCCCGAGGUUGAUGGCCAAGUUUGGGGGCAAGGCGAACAAGGGACUGUGA